CCAUGGCUGUACGGCCGAAAGGUCAUCCACUUUGUUCUGUGUUUACGAGGCUAAAUCUUCAAAACAACAAGACAAACACCCUCAAAAUGCUUUUUUCUUAGUCGUUUGGUGAGAAGGAACACUGUUAUGCCUCGUAGUUGUGAUAUGGGAGCUCGUUUGUUAAGAGAAUGGCUUCAGUUCGACAAGAUGUAAACAGCAGCAAAUGGUUGACUUUGAUAGAUGGAAACGAAGAUGAGGCGAGUGUUUCUCCCACUAAAACUCACCCCGAUUUCUCUUCAAGUCUAAGACAAGGCGAAAUCUUGAUCGAAGGGGAAUUCAGUGAGCUUGAUAAUCAGUUAUGGGUCGACAAGAACGUUCGUAUUUUGAUCACAUCGGAGUUUCUCUACCUGACUGAAAAGGGAUCAAAAAACAAGAUCAAAAAACAAGCACAUGUUCUUCAACCUGAGGCCACAAAAAGGGUCUCGAAAUUUAGCCGAUCUGAAAUAAAAACAGAAAUAAUUGAAGGGUGUUCAUAUACGUUUAAGGCUAAGUGGUGUAAGGAGAGUCGAUGGAAGAAGUAUCGAUUAUGUGGUGUGGUAAAUGAGGUGGAGUGGCAAAAAUGGAUGAACAGUUUUCGGUUAUCUUCAAUGGAAUCAAGAUCCAAAGAUUUCGAGAUUCCGCCAAUGGCUCUGCCAGAAUCGGGAACAAACACGGAUAUGUCGUCCUCAGACGACGACGAGGAAGAAGAACUAGAUACAGAGGAAUUGUCGUUGCCCAAGUGUUUGCCUUUAUGUGUGGAUCGAACGAUGUCAAUGCUCUCAAUGACCAUGCUCAACCCGAGCAAUGUGCGUAAACUCGCCAUCUCUAAUCUACAAAAAGACAACUCUAUGAAGAGGGCAUCUUUAGGGACGAUAGGGAGCGAAAACGAAGAUGUAUUUGAAUAUUUAGGGGCAGGUUCUCUAUUGAGGUCAAAUUCACACCCCAGAUUAUCUUAUACCAAGCCGUUUUGCACAUUUUCACUCAUGAACAUUUCGGAAUUGAGUAACGUGAAUAUAGAUGAUGAUCUCAAAACCAGGAAGGGAACCGUGGAGUCGGGAAGCCUAGAUCCAACGGUUGUACAGCAGAUUAAAUCAAAAUCAAUUGAAAGACAUCGGAGAGUUACUAAAUAUCCUCAGAAUGUCACUGCAGCUGAACUUGCACUCCAUAAUAGGAUUGAGUAUCUUAGAGCGCAUCCUAGUAAUUUAAACUUUGUGCGCAGACAUUUAUGGGAUGAAAAGACUCUUGCUGUUCCAUCAUCGUGUCACCAUAACCGUAGAUUAUCCCUCUCUUUAGCUCUUAAUAGCGAUGCAAACAGGAUUCCUCAAGGUAGUGAGAAUGCAUUUGGCAUUUGUCAAGUUAAACAGCAAUUAUUAAGAACAGAGAGUUCUCCAGCACGACCUGUGUACUUAUCUGGAAUUAAAACUACAGGGACUCCAAGUAAGAGAACCCCAGUUGCUAGACGCCUUAAUUUUAAGGAUGAUAUGGUUGUUGAGGAACAUGGUUUAGAUCAAAAACCUCAGAAAGCAAAAGUACGGAGAUUUUGGACCAUUCUUAACAAGAAACGACCUAGAAAUCUUCCGUCAUUACCAGAUAUUCCAUUUUCACCUGCAAAAGAAUAUCCUAAUGACUUUGAUAGUAGUCCCUCUAAAUUGCAAAGAGGGAAGAGUUUUAGUGCCGGAAUGGGUCGCAGUAGACAUUCUGAAGAAAUAAAUUGCGACAAAGAACUGAGAAGGAACAAAGUAUCAUACAAAUCUACCGUUACGUCACCAUUACCUGCUAGACAAGAUUCUGUCAAUGAUUCACCCUUCAGUAGAAAAUGGACCUCACCAGGAAACACAGGAAGCGUCAGAAAAAAGCUUGUUCAAAAAUUUCUUUCUCCAAUUCUCAAAUCCACCUCUUCGGAAGAAAACGGAGUGGGCCGAGCGACGAGCCCUACGGAACCCCCUUACAGCCCAGAUGUUGGGGACGAACUACUAAAUGGCUGGCCACGAGGGCUGGUUGACAUAGACGCUACAACCUUUGCUAAAGAGAUCACAUUGAUUGACAAGGAACUAUUCGUUAGAAUAUUAUGGCAUGAGUUGGAAAGCUGUGGAUGGAUGACCAAAGACAAGUACGUACGUUCACCAAACGUUAUGGAAAUAGUUGAAUUUUUUAAUCGAAUUGCUCUACUGGUUGCUACCGAGAUUCUGAGUGAGGAGACACCUCAAGCCAGGGCGCGCGUCAUAUCUAAAGUGAUUCAGAUCGCAGACAAGUGCAGAUUACUCGGUAAUUUCAACUCGCUCAAGGCAUUAAUGGCUGGGCUACAAUCUACACCGCUGUACAGAAUGAAGGAGACUUGGAAAGAAGUGCCUUCUAAAAGAAAAAAGAAGUUUCGUUAUCUUUCACUUCUGAUGGGGGAAAGUGAUAACUUCGCGUUGUACCGUAAGGAAAUGGAAAGUUUAUUAGCUAACGGACCCUGUCUACCUUUCCUGGGUGACUUCCUAACUCAGAUUGCUCAAACACAAGCUUUCAUGUCGGUCAAGCGAAAGAAGCAAAAAACAACGAAGCCAAACGCAGACAGCAAAGCUAAAGACUCAACCGACGGAACCCCAGUGAAUGGCGUGACAUAUUCCAAAUGUAACGGCGUGACACAUGCGUCACGAAACGAAACGAAAUCCUGCCCUGCGACUCCCAGAGAAUUCUCACCGGUUACGUCAACCAAUAACGUAGAGGAGUCACAUGACACCGCUUCGAUCACGUGUUCAUUGCAUGACAUGCUGUCACGUGACAGAUCCAAGCGAAGCUCGUCGAGGCCGAAGUUUAGACGAUUUCACAGUCGGCAGAACAGUACGGAUAAUGAAACAGUGAGUUUAAGCCAUAAUCGAAACAACAGCUCUGAUAUUCUCGACGUCCAAAAUGGCCGAUUCAAAGGGAAGCUUGUUCCUGCAAGUUCAGACUCUGUAAUUACGAACUCCGACAACAUGAAUGGGCAUCCCGAUUCAUGGAGAUUUGGAAAUACUCCCCGCUCUACUUCAUCCGGAAAACCUCCCUUGCUUAGGCGACUGUCUGAGAGCUCAACGACAUCGUUUUUCAGUGGAGGGACUUUUUAUGGGAAGCCCAAAAGACGGCUUUCCGAGAGCUCCAAGACUUCCAAGACUCGACGUUUCUUUUUAGACGGAAUUGUUCGACGAAGYACCAGUAGCAACUCGGUCAAAGAUGGCCGCGUACUGGGGCAUAGUUUUAGUACACAGUCUAUUCGUGAGGGGUCAAUCUCGCCCAAUGAGGUUAUGGGGAAGAGCGUCAGUACGCCGAUCAUCAAGGAUGGUUGUAAUUUAUUGUCGCGGGACAUCUCACGGGACGUUUCGAGGGAAUGCUCGUGUGAAAGACUUAAUGAAUCCGGGACGUUUGACGAGGAGAAGUGGCAGUCACUUGUGAAAUGUACAGAAACUAGUCAUAUAGGUACUGAACUACAGCUGAUCAAGUACCAAAUGGCUGCUGUCCAGUACGACUUUGCCAGUAACCCCGACGUACGACAGUUCCUUCUUAACGCGUCCUUCAACACAGAGGAAGAAAACUAUAGACUAUCCUUAAAACGAGAACCGCCCGUCAAAACCACGUGACAUGUAGUCAUGGCAACCUAAAAGUAUCCAUAAAUCAAGAACCACGUGACAUGUAGACGUAGCAACGAAACACUAUAAAUAGAUUUAGAAAUUUUGCAAACACCAUGUGACCUGGAACCAUAGCAACGAACCCCUUAAAAGGGUAUCACUGGUAACCAUAGUAACGAGAUUUCUCUAAUAGACCAUUUUUGAA